UGCAAUAUGUUUAUUCUUUUAGAUAUCAAAAACGUGCUGGAAUCCAUUGGUUCAAAUAUUUCUACCUUCACAAAAACGCUCCCGUUUCAGCAGGUAUUAGCAGAUUUGAUGAUAUAUCUUACACAGAGUGAAGCAUACGUUCAAGAUUAUUUUCCAGUAGUAGAGCAGUAUGAUUUCUACAGGUGGCUGGGUUGUCUCAUUCUGUGCUGCAUAUUGGUCCUGAUUCUGGUCUUUUACUAUCUUGGGUUGCUGUGUGGCACCUGUGGUUAUGAUAAACAUGCUUCUCCAACAACCAGAGGCUGCAUCUCCAACACUGGAGGAAACUUUCUUAUGGCUGGUGUUGGAUUCAGUUUUCUUUUCUCCUGGGUGCUGAUGAUUGUAGUGGUGCUCACUUUUCUCACAGGUGGAAAUGUAGAAAAACUGGUCUGUGAGCCCUUUGAAGAUAAAACUUUAUUCAAGGUUUUGGAUACUCCCUACUUACUAAAUAAACACUGGAAAAACUAUCUUUCUGGCAUCCUGUUUAAAAAUCCAAAUAUUAACUUGACUUUUGAAAAAGUGUACAGUGAUUGCAAGGAAAACAAAGGAAUUUAUACUUCCCUUCACCUAGAACACUUGUUCAAUAUCAAUGAAUUUCUAAAUAUUACUAUGUAUACGGAAGAUGUAGCACUUAAAAUUGAACAUAUUCAGAUAAACCUCAGCAAAAUCAUUCUGCUGGAUGAAAUUGGGAAGGAGAAUCUUCUGAAUUUCAGCUCUUCAGGAAUAGAAGGGAUAAACUUUGCAGCAUAUUUGACAGAGAUCAAUAAAAGUGUUACCAAGGUUGAUCUUCUGUCAUUUGCUAAUGACUUAGAAGCAAGAGCAGACCAGCUGCCAAAAGGAGCACUGGAAAAUGCCUUAAAAGGACACGCAAACAACAUUCGAAUGAUUCAUAACCAGCAAGUCGUUCCGCUAGAGCAAGCUAUGAGCACUUUAAAUCAGAGCGUUCGGUUGCUGAAAAGGACAUCAUCUGAACUUACAGUUAAGGUGAAAAAUGUCAUUAGCGCUGUUAAUGCUGCCCAGCUUCUCAUAAAUAACAAUGCUUCUCUGGUUAUUGUCCAGGAGACAAAAAAGUACAUGGAUACCAUAGUUGGCUACUUUGAGCAAUACGUUGAGUGGGUCAAGGAGUCGAUUGCCAUGGAGGUAGCAGCGUGCAAGCCUAUUGCCAAUGUGAUAGAUACAGCAGUAGAUAUUUUUUUAUGCAGCUAUAUAACUGAUUCUGUGAAUACCUUCUGGUUUGGUUUGGGAGGCUCUUCAAUAUUUUUAAUUCCUGCCAUAAUUUUUGCUGUAAAACUCUCCAAAUACUAUCGUAGAAUGGACACAGAGGAUGUAUAUGAUGAUACGGAAAAUGGUAAUAAUGGUUAUCAUAAAGAGCAUUUAUAUGGUAUACACAAUCCUGUUUUUACAAGCUCUGUGGAACAGUGGUAA